AUUUGUUUUUCUUUAAGUGGACCUUCAUCUUCAUCUUCAUCUUCAAAACCUUUGUUUCAUCUUCUCCUCAAUUUCUGUUUUCAUCUUUAUUCUCGCUAUUUCAUCGACAUCACAUCUACCCAAGCCCACCAUCAUCAAAAUGUAUUCAAUUAACUUGUUGAUAGUUACCUUGUGUUACCAAUUGUGGCUGAAGAAUGUUAAUUUGGCUGAUGCAGCCUCAUCUUCAUCUUCAUUAAAUCAACAGAAUUCAAUCAAUGGUGUUCCCGAGGUGGUUUUAAGCCAUUUCCAACCGAUGGUUGCUAUGCUUUGUGGUCGUGGUAAAUUUCACAAUCAAUAUUUGGAUGAAAACAAACGAUGGAUUUCUGACCCUGAUCCCAAAGCGGUUUGUACAAAAGACAAAUUGGAAAUUUUGGAAUAUUGUCGCAAGGUUUACCCCAAAAAGGAUAUUCGGAAUAUUGUUGAAUAUAGCAAAUACAUGGUUGUUGAGAAUUGGUGUAAAGUUGGACAAAAGUGCGGUGGUCGUCAUUUCAUCAAACCUUACCGAUGUUUAGAAGGCCCAUUUCAAAGUGAUGCUCUUCUUGUACCUGCUUAUUGUCUCUUUGAUCAUAUUCACAAUGGAUCGAUCUGUCAAAGCUCAGAAUAUUGGAAUCGUACAGCUGCUUCAAGUUGCGCUGAGAAACGUAACAUGAAACUCAAAUCAUUUGGAAUGUUACUCCCUUGUGGAGUUGGAAUAUUUGGUGGUGUCGAAUUUGUUUGCUGUCCAGCUUGGUCAACAACUACAUCUCCACCAGAACUUGUGACUCUUGGAACCGAAAAGAAACAAUUGGAAAAUCAAAUAACCUACAAAGACGCUGAAGAUAAUGAUUCAGAUAGUGACGAAAGCCAAGACGAUAAAGAUGAUCGAAAUUAUGACGAAGAUGAUGAGUAUUAUGACGAUGAAUAUCAAGAAGACGAUGAAGAGGAUGACGAAGAAUCUGCUUUGAAGGCAAAAUCAACCAGUACAACAACAACAACUACAACUACAACAACUACUACUACAACCGAGAGACCCAUUGAUCAUUAUCUGAGUCACUUUGAUUCCAGUCAUGAACAUGAUUCGUACAAAGCUGCUCAGAAAUCACUUGAAGAAUCUCAUCGAGAUAAAGUAACCAAGGUUAUGAAGGAGUGGAGUGAACUGGAGGAAAGAUAUCAAGAGAUGAAAUUAAAAGACCCAAAGGGCGCAGCUGAGUUUAAACGUAAGAUGACAUCUCGAUUCCAGAAGACAGUUGAAGCCCUGGAGGAAGAAGGAUCAGCUGAGAGGCGACAAUUGAUCUCAAUGCACCAACAAAGGGUAAUGACGGUUAUCAACAUGAGGAAAAAGGCAGCAAUGGAUUGUUACACUCAAGCCCUCGACCAAAGUCCAUUGAAAACAAAGAGAAUCGAAAAGUGUUUGGAGAAAUUGUUACGAGCCUUGGAAAAGGACAGAACUCAUACUCUUCAUCAUUUUCGACAUCUUCUCACCUCUAAUACCAAGCAAGCACUUCGAGAAAAAACAGCCAUGUUGGAUCAUUUAGAGAAUCUUCUUCGUAUGGGAAAUCAUUCAAUUCUUAUGUUGGAUCGAGUUCCUUCAAUUUCAUCUAAAAUUCGCCAACGAAUAAUCGCUUUCUGGCAUAAUCUUAGAGGAAUCGGUGUCGAUGAAAUUAUUUCCAGGGAAACUGAACAAUCCAUUAUGGACCGAUACGAAGAGGAAGUUGCACAAAAACAACAAGAACAUGAGCGACAAAAGAUGUUGGCAGAAGAACGUCAACAACUUAAAGAGUUAGAAGAAGAAAAGAAGGCUAGUGAGGCUUCUGCUUUAAAUGAUCGAUCUUCAAUCAAUUCAGAGCCCAUGGAAUCAUCUUCUUCGGCUUCGUCCUCUUCAUCUUCAUUGUUCUCUUCAUCACUUUCAACCACCUCAGAGAGCGAUGAAUCUGAAACCAAUCAUUCACCAUUUGGUGCCUCUACAUCUUCACCACCAGUCUCAGGAGGCUCAGGAGGAGUAGUACCAAUCACUGAAUCGCCGGUCACCUCAUUGAACGGAGGUGUUGGUACUCUUCCAGUUCAAGAAGAUAAUGCUGAGGAGUCUAAUGCAGUUCAUAAGAUUCUGCCAACUCCCAAAAUAGCUUAUAUUCAUAAUCAAGGUUUUCAUCAUAAUGAGAUGUCUUAUUCAGUGAGAAAAGAGCCUUACCAUCCAAUUAAAUGGAACGGAAGUGUUUACAUUACUUUGGCCUUUGCUGGUAUCGCUCUUUUAAUGGCCACCGUUGUUGGAAUUGUUCUACUUCGUAAUCAUCGACAAAGGUCACCAUUAAGUCAAGGAUUCGUCGAGGUUGACCAAGCCGCAUCACCAGAGGAAAGACAUGUUGCCAACAUGCAAAUUAACGGCUACGAAAAUCCAACCUACAAAUAUUUUGAAACUCAAUCUGCUUAAACAAUAAUCUUAUAUCAAUAAUCACCGUUAACACCAUUAUCAGAAUCGUCAUCACUACCAAACCACUACAGCUACUCUACUUCAGCGUUAAUCUCCUUAUAAAUAACUUGAGUUAUCAAAAGCCACGACGAUCUAACAUCAGAUCAACUACAUAAUAGAAGCAACAAAAAUCGCAUCUUCAUUUAUUAACUUUUAUCCAGUUUGUUUUCGGUGUUGCUGAUUCACCUUAAAGAUUUAUCCACUUUCAAAUUUUCGCUUUCUCUUAUGCAUCUUCAUCUCAUACUUAAUGAUUUAAAUGUAGAUGUUUCAUCAAUUGAGCGGUUGAAUUUGUAGAGUAAAAACGUUUAGUAUUUUGUGACUCUCGAAACUAAAUCAUCGCAAUAUCAUAUAAUGAUUAGAAUGAGUGGAUAAAACUUUAAUUUCAUCGAUUUUAACAAAAUCAAGAGCAAACUCUUCACACCCAAAACAAACCAAGUAACUCGAUACAAGAAUAUCGAAUCCUUUUGUUGCCAUAAUAACCUAAUCUCUUCUCUCUCCUUCCCUUCACACACUUACCAUUGCCUUUCCUCUUCCUCAUUUGUUUCCACAACAAAAUCUAAAUUUUUCAAUCAAAAAGCAAAUCAUUCGCAGUCCCUGUGUAAUUUUCACUUAAUUGUUUCUGAUUUACCUUUUGAUUAUCAUUUCUUUUUCUUUGAAUUACUUAACAAUUCAUUAGUAUUAUUCCAAGCCCUUGAACCCAUUGAUCUUUACUUAUUGUCAACAUCUUCAUUUCGAUAAAUCCUUUGUGUUUCUCUCUUUCUCUCUUGCUCCCUCCAUCUUCCUCAAUGAUAAAUAUUGAAUUAAUUGUUAGACUAAUAACUGACAUUUCCAUGACCAAGAAAAUAGUAAUUCACUAAUUUAUCAUGAGUUUUUUCCUCCUCCUUCUCUAUUCUCAUCAUUUUCAUCAUCUUCAUAUUUCAUCUUUGCUCUCUACAAAUUCAAUUUUCUCUUAGCUUUUAUCUUGUCUAUGUAUUAAAUGCAUUGGAAAACUUUCAUCAAUUUGAGAUUUGGUGUCUUUGUCUGUGUCUUUUUCUAAAUGUUUCUAAUGUAUCAGGACUUAAAUUCAAGUAUAAACGAAUCAUCAAAGAUAUAAUACUGAUAAUUAGAGUUCUGAUGAUAAACACCCAGAUUGAUGAAAAGUUAAAAUGGAGAUAAAUAUUUAAGAUGAAGAUGAAACUCUAAAGAUGAUCAAAAUAUCAAAAUGGUGAAGGACCAACUUAAUGAUGAAUUGAAUCAUCAAAUUAAUGAACUUGUUCAUUUCUCCCUCUCUCCCCAUCAUCUCGCAUCUCUCUCAUCUUAUUACUAUUACCACCUAAUCGUAACUUUUUCUUUCUCUUCAAAAUGGUUCUUUUUUAUCUGAAUAAGAUCAAGAUUGACCGAUUAGCUCGAAUUACCUUCUCUACGAAGAAAAAACUAAUUAAUGUUCUUUAUCUUGCCCAAUCCUUUAAUUCCUUUCAUCAUUUACCUGUCGCUUGGUAAAAAUAUAAGUGAAUCCAUGGUAAUCACCUGAAUCGAGAUUUCUAUUCAAUAUAAAAAUGGAAAAUACUAAAAAAAUGUAACCUUGUUGGUCUUUCAGUUCAACGAGAAUUCUGUUAUUAGCUGUAAUGUUAAGGGUCCACAAUUAGACAUAAGAUUCAUCACAAUUUGAAUAGUACUGAUUAACUAGACAAAUUAAUAAUGAUGCUGCUUAUCGUCGUCAUUUGUUUCAUCACAAUUAGCCGUGUUUAUAAUUUACCCUAAAUGUUUUCUUUCUUUUCCUCAGUAAUUACUCAACAUGGAAACGUUUUCAUGAUUUUCUUACCUGACUCAAUAUCACUUUCGCUUUAUUUGAUAUUAAUUCACCGAAUCAGUUGAAAGAGUAAAUCUAAUGACGUUAAUCACCAACUUAUACUUGUCUCUUUUCCGCUAUUUCAAUUCAACUAGUUUCAUGUUUCUUUUACAUUAAGAUUGAAUUGUAAUUCUGAUUCUUGGUGAUUACCAGAUUAUUCACUUAAGUUCCUAUGACUUUUUUUCAUAUCAUAACCUUUUCUUGUCAUAUGAUUUCAAAAUGUUAUCCCAAUUCAUUAUUUUCUCAUCAAUUCAGAUCACAAUAAUUAAUUUGAUUAUCUGCCAAUGCCUUUGAUUUUGAUCAUCUCGAUGAAUUUGAAUUCGCUACUUAAAUUGUUCAUUAGGCUCACAAUUUAUUUUCUCUUCUUUUGUUUUCCUUAUAUUUUGCAUUCCCUCAAAUCAAGUUUAAUUAAUUAUCCGCCUAAUUGUAACCAUUUAAUCACAAUUUAACAACCAGAAACCUUGUGUUCAACCAUUUAA